GUCAGCUGAUGCUCAGCGGGCUGCUGUGUGUGUUCAUUGGGACAGAGGCGAGUGGGAGUCUACACUUCGCUUCAGCUGAUAUUACUCGAUAUAUUUUUGUCUCUGUGGUGUGCGAUAUAAGUUAGCACAACAUGGGGGAGCUCUUCCGCAGUGAGGAGAUGACUCUGGCCCAGCUCUUCCUGCAGUCAGAGUCUGCUUACUGCUGCGUCAGCGAGCUUGGUGAGAUCGGCAUGGUUCAGUUCAGAGAUCUGAACCCAGAUGUCAACGUCUUCCAGAGGAAGUUUGUAAAUGAAGUGCGGCGUUGUGAGGAGAUGGACCGUAAACUGAGAUUUGUUGAGAAGGAGAUAAAGAAGGCCAACAUAACCAUUGUAGACACAGGGGAGAACCCAGAAGUCCCUUUUCCCCGAGACAUGAUAGAUUUGGAGGCUACUUUUGAGAAAUUAGAGAAUGAGCUGAAGGAAAUCAACACUAACCAGGAAGCCCUUAAGAAGAACUUUCUGGAGCUGACUGAACUCAAACACAUCCUCAGACGCACACAGCAGUUUUUUGACGAGAUGGAAGACCCUUCUCUGAUGGAGGAGUCAUCCACUCUACUAGACCCAAAUGAGGUUGGACGAGUGGCUCCGCUUAGGCUGGGGUUUGUAGCUGGUGUGAUUGGAAGAGAGAGGAUCCCCACCUUUGAGCGGAUGUUGUGGAGAGUUUGUCGUGGUAAUGUGUUCUUGCGGCAAGCAGACAUCGAGGAUCCACUGGAGGACCCCACAACUGGUGACCAUGUGCACAAGUCGGUGUUCAUCAUCUUCUUUCAAGGAGACCAGCUGAAGAACCGAGUGAAGAAGAUCUGUGAAGGGUUUCGGGCUUCAUUGUACCCCUGCCCUGAGACCCCCCAAGAGAGGAAGGAGAUGGCAGCAGGAGUGAAUACUCGUAUUGAUGAUCUUCAGAUGGUUCUAAAUCAGACGGAGGACCACAGGCAGCGCGUUCUGCAGGCAGCCGCCAAGACCAUCCGUGUGUGGUUCAUCAAAGUGAGGAAGAUGAAGGCCAUCUACCACACCCUCAAUCUCUGCAACAUUGAUGUCACACAGAAGUGUCUGAUUGCUGAGAUCUGGUGCCCUGUGUCUGAUCUGGACUCCAUUCAGUUCGCUCUGCGGAGGGGAACGGAGAAAAGUGGCUCCACUGUUCCCUCCAUCCUGAACAGGAUGCAGACCAAACAGACUCCACCCACCUACAACAAGACCAACAAAUUCACCUCUGGCUUCCAGAAUAUUGUGGAUGCUUAUGGCAUCGGCAACUACCGGGAGAUGAACCCAGCUCCCUACACCAUCAUCACAUUCCCCUUCCUGUUUGCUGUCAUGUUUGGUGACCUGGGUCACGGCGUUCUCAUGACCUGCGCCGCCCUUUACCUGGUACUGCGAGAGAGCCGCCUUACUGCCCAGAAAAAUGAUAACGAGAUGUUUAGCAUGGUGUUUGCAGGCCGCUAUAUUAUCCUGCUGAUGGGGAUCUUCUCUGUCUAUACUGGGAUCAUCUAUAAUGACUGCUUUUCAAAGUCUCUCAACAUCUUCGGCUCCAGCUGGAGUGUGCGGCCAAUGUUCACUGACAAAGACGCUAACUGGACGUUUGAUGUCCUGAAAGAGAACAGAGUGCUGCAGUUAGACCCUGCUGUUAAGGGCGUUUUCGGUGGGCCCUACCCGAUUGGCAUUGACCCGAUCUGGAACUUGGCUGUAAACAAGUUGACAUUUCUGAACUCCUUUAAGAUGAAGAUGUCCGUCAUCUUGGGAGUCAUUCACAUGCUGUUUGGAGUCACUCUGAGCCUCUUCAACCAUACUUACUUCAAGAAGCCUCUAAACAUCUGGCUGGGCUUCAUCCCCGAGAUCGUAUUCAUGAGCAGCCUGUUUGGCUAUCUGGUGAUACUCGUCUUCUACAAGUGGACCGCCUACAAUGCCAAGAUCUCCAGGGACGCUCCCAGCCUUCUUAUUGCCUUCAUUAACAUGUUCCUCUUCAAUUACAAUGACCCUACCAAUAAACCGCUAUACAGGGGACAGAUGGCAAUACAGUGCCUGCUGGUGGUCAUUGCUCUCCUCUGUGUGCCUUGCAUGCUCAUAGUAAAGACACUGGUUUUGCGUAGACAGUACCUCUGGAGGAAGCAUCUCGGCACGCAGAAUUUUGGCGGGAUUCGAGUGGGAAACGGUCCAACAGAGGAUGAAGCUGAGAUUAUUCAGCAUGAUCAGCUUGCAAUGAACUCAGAAGAAGAGCCUGAGCAGUCCGAGGAGGAAGUGUUUGAUUUUACAGAUGUCGCUGUGCAUCAGGCCAUCCACACAAUAGAAUAUUGCUUAGGUUGCAUCUCAAACACUGCUUCCUACCUACGAUUGUGGGCUUUGAGCCUAGCCCACGCACAGCUGUCGGAGGUCUUGUGGUCAAUGGUCAUGAAAAUUGGUUUUUCGGCCAACAUUGGCUUCUCCUUUGUCUUGUUUAUUAUUUUUGCCUUUUUUGCCACACUGACAGUGUGUAUCCUCCUGAUAAUGGAGGGCCUAUCUGCCUUCCUGCACGCCCUCAGAUUACACUGGGUCGAGUUCCAGAAUAAAUUUUACUCUGGUCAGGGCUUCAAGUUCAUGCCGUUUACCUUCAACAGCAUCCUGGAGGGAAAGUUUGAGGACUGAACUGUUUUUUUUUUUUUCACUACCACGCACCCAGAAACUUUCAAAAGCUCCAUGGAUUGGGAGAAAUGUAUAAGUAUGUGUAUAAGGUUAGAAAAGGUUUCUGUGAGUCUGACAUUUAAAUCAAGACUUAAAGUUCGAUGAAAAAUCCACUUAUUUAUUCUAUUUCUACGGGUGUGUAUAUGAGUACUUCCUAUUCCAGGGUUUGGGUUGAAUGAAAGUGUACAUUAUUUACAAAUUAUUGACCUGAUGUUUUUUCUAAAAACAGAAAUCAACAUAAAUGGUUCAAAAUCAUUUUGCAUCAUUUGUAUUUAGUUAUUAGGUUUUCUAAAUUCAGACUAUUAAAAAAUACAUUUGUAUAAUAUGGCAAUUUACUGUAUCACUACAUUAAUAAGCUAACUUUUUUGUCCAUGCAAAAUUCAGAAAGUGCAGUGCUGGCUGUUUUGAGAUAUCAGUGAUGCAUUUCUGACCUAUUUGUCAUUUUUCCAAUUGAGUGUGUGUCUCUACAGUGUCUUUCCCAUUCUUAUUUAAGUCAUUGUUGUGCUUUAGUGUGUGUCAUUCCUACUUUUUGAGCGAUCUUUAGCAGUCAUGUUUGCCGUUUUCAUUCCUGUCACUUAAAAGGGACUGAAUUUAAAGCUCCUCAAAGAGAAGCAGCUCAACUAUCCCUUUUUUCCCAACGAGUCUAGCUUUUGACAUCCGGUUCUACAAAUGUGUAAUGUUAUAAACACAUAGUGUGUCUUUACUGUGCAUUUCUCUGCUACAUAUCUUAGAACAGUAAUAUAUCACAAAACUAUAUCUGUGAUUUGGUUUAGAUUACUGGUUAGACGUGUGGUACAUUCAAACUAACUUGACUGAAAAUAAGUAUCAGCUCACCCACCCACUGACUCGUAUAUAUGCAGUAUCAUAGCAUUGUAGAAAUUUAAAUUCAGGCCAAAUAUUACUUAACUGAUUUAUUUUAUGUUAAAAAAAAAGUUCCUAACUCAGUUUUUCUACUUUUGCAUCUCAGUUUGACUAAAAUACAUACUGACACAUUGAAAAUCGAAAUCGAAAACACAUUAUUAAAUGUGCUGCAGGUAAAAUUAAAUUUGUGUGUAAAAUCUUUAGUCUGCGGCUCCUCCCUCUCCAUUUGUUUAGUGUUAAUUUUUUUAUCUACAAGUUAGAACAUCCCCUAUUAUAUUUGGGGAGACUGUGGUGUUGAUAGCAUCUUCUGAGUCUCUUGUCAAGCAGGCAAUUAGACAGUUGCUCCACUCUAGAGCUGUAAACCAGUGUACAUAUCUGUGUACAAGAAAGAAGAGAAAGCUACAUUUAUUUAGAACUGUGGUUUUAUAUAGUUGGCGUGCAAUUUUACAUCUCUGGGGUUGCCCUACUGUCUAACUGCUUCUCACCAGAUUUGAAAUUUAGAGACGAUAAAUUCAGAUCUGUUGACAAAACCCUCCCCAGUCUGAGGAUGACAGUAUGAUAUGAGUUUUAACCUGCAGAUGGAAAUAAACUGAAACUGUGAUUGAGGAGAAUUAUACUGAAUCACUUUCAGCUGUAUCUUAUUUACUAUUUUCAGCUGUAGCUCAUUUGCUAAUGAGUUAGAGGUUUAGCUUAAUAUUUGUUAAAAACGAAAAAAAUUGAAGUUACGUGAACUUUUGAUUAAACCAAUUUGAGGUAACUUAAACAUGCUCUGUAAUCAUUUACGUUAUCACUUUUAAUUGGCCUGACUUUACAUUUUUUACAGUGUGGGCACCAUUAGACUGUUUAUUUAUAGACAUUAUUUAUUUCCUUAUGUUACUGUUAAGAUUAUGCAGUCAUUUAGAUGUAGUCACAGAAAAGCACUGAACAUAAAUUCAUGAUCAUACAUUGAUGUAUGACCAUACAUCAAGCUGAACUGUAAAACUACAGUCAAAUAUUAGCAUUAAUCUUCAGUCCCUUCUGUGUGUCUUAUGUGUGUUCUUUGUUUGACCUACUCAAUAUACAUGCUCUUGGAGGGAGAGAUUUACGAAACAGUUAGGACUUUGCCGUGUCUAGGUUUACCCAGUAAUGUGCAGUUAGUAAAAGAAUGUUGUAACUGGAUGUUGUGUAUGUAUUUGUCAAUAAAGUGCUAGACUGGGAAAUAA